AGGUACAGAAGUGGUGAAUAUUCUCACCAGGCAUUGCCAAUACCAGGCUGGUCUUCGGCAUCUGUUGAUGGAGUACACGCUCCACUGAAAUGACAGACCAGGGCAACAAUAAUCAGAACAUCUCUCGGAACCCGUUCGCUGCCCUCUUCAGUUCCAUCGCUGAUGCCAAGCAGUUUGCAUCAGGCCAGAAGUUACAGCAGCACAGUGAAGUACCCUCGGAAGACUCCGGCGAGAGCCAAUCCGAGUCUGACAACUCGGUGUCUGACAGCAUCGGAGAUAACGAUGACUCGGCGGCAGAUAUCAGCCGAUCUUUCCGCUCGCGGCAGGAACUCUGCGAGCAGCUCAAUGUCAAUCACAUGAUCCAAAGGAUCUUCCUCAUCACACUAGACAACAGUGACCCCAGUCUCAGGAGUGGGAACGGCAUCCCCCUGCGCUGCGUCUACCUUGAAGAGAUGGCAGCCGAACUGCACGGACAAGACUGGCUUGACAUGGACACCAUAGAGCAGGCUAUUUUCGGCAGGCUGCUUUUACUGGAACCGGGUAACCACCUCAUCUACAUGACUUCCUGCAGCGUAGCGAACUUGUCAGCAGACCGUGAUGCUGGGGAAAAACGAGCCAUACCCUUUCUAUACGCCUGCUACCAGAGAGCAAAGGAAGAGGUCACUAAAGUCCCAGAGAAGCUGCUGUCGUACGCCGUGCGCUGCAAGAACCUGACGAUAUCCAAUGCCCGCACAGUGCUCCUUACCCCAGAGAUCUACAUCAAUCAGAACGUCUACGAACAGCUGCUGGACCUGCUCCUGGAGGCCAUCAACCGAGCACAUAUCGAAGAGGUGAUGGAGUUUUUGGAGGAGGUCAUCGCUGGACUUUUGGCCGACCAGGAGGUGCGCACUUUCGGUGAGGUGAUGGUGCCAGUAUUCGAUAUUAUCCAAGGACGUGUGAAGGACCUAGACCUCUGCCAGUUGCUGCUGUACACCUAUCUGGAUAUUCUGGUCUACUUCAGUCGACAGAAAGACAUCGCCAAGGUAUUGGUGGAGCACAUUCAACCCAAGGAUCCAUCCAACGGACUUCAGUAUCAGAAGACCCUUCUGGGAAGUGUGUUGAAUAUUUCCUGCUUGCUGAAAACCCCUGGAGUGGUGGAAAGCCACAGCUUUUUCCUCAAUCCCUCCCGCUCCAGCCCACAAGAGAUAAAGAUUCAAGAAUCUAACAUUCACCAGUUUAUGGGCCAGUUUCAUGACAAGCUGUACCAGAUCCUGAAGAACCUGCUCCAGCAGUCCACCGAGACCCGCCACCUUCUGCUCUCCUGGCUGGGCAACUGCCUCCAGGCCAACAUGGGCCGCGCCAAAAUCUGGGCCAACCAGAUGCCGGAGAUCUUUUUCCAGUCGUACGCCUCGGACGCAUUCUUCUUAAACCUGGGCGCCACGCUUCUGAAGCUCUGCCAGCCCUUUUGUCGCCCUCACUCCCCUAAACUCCUGACUUUCGACCCCACUUACUGCGCUCUGAAAGAACUGAGCGAGGACGAGAGGCGCAAUAGGAACGUGCAUGCCAGAGGGCUGGACAAGGAGACCUGCUUGAUUCCUGUUCCUCCUCAACAAACGCUUGAAUUUCCACAGUCUUACAGCCUUCUCACAGAGAACCUGAUCUUCACUCAGCUUGCCCUCCACCUGGGCUUCCACAGGCUGCACGAUCAAAUGGUGAAAAUGAACCAGUCGCUGCACCGGCUGCAGGGCACGUGGCGGGAUGCGCAGCUCACCGGAGGUCCGAUGGCAGAGCAGCUGAGGGAGCAGUUUGAGCGCCUCAUGACCGUUUACCUGUCCACCAAGGCUGCCGCCACCAAGCCCGCCAUGCUGCAGAACUGCCUCAACCUGCAGGCCUCCUGUGCCUCUUUGCUGGUUCAGCUCGGUCUCGGGAACCACGGUCCGGAGCACGUCCCCCUCACCUUCCCUCUGCCUUUAUUACAGAACAGCCUGCUGUGUUACGUGCCAGAGUUCUUCGUGGAGAACAUGGGCGACUUCUUCAUAUUCCUUCGACGUUUCGCAGACGACGUGCUCGAGUCGUCCUCCGAGAACUUAGAGCAGGUCCUCAACUUCGUCACUAUGUACAUGGGAAAUGUAGAGAGGAUGAAGAAUCCUCACUUGCGAGCCAAGCUGGCGGAGGUUCUGGAGGCCGUGAUGCCGCAUAUGGAGUCGGUAUCGCCUGGUGCUCCUCAGACUGUCAUGUUCCAGAGACAGAGGGUCUUCUGCUCCUACCGGCACGCCCCUCACCUUGCUGAGGCUCUCAUCACUGUGUUUGUAGAUAUCGAGUUUACAGGUGAUCCUCAUCAGUUUGAGCAGAAGUUUAAUUACCGGAGGCCCAUGUACCCUAUUCUGAAGUACAUGUGGGGAGAGGACAGCUACAGAGAGAGCAUUAAGAACUUGGCUGAUUUUGCAUCGAAAAAUCUAGAGGCCAUGAAUCCGCCCCUGUUUCUGAGGUUUUUGAACCUGCUCAUGAAUGAUGCCAUCUUCUUAUUAGACGAGGCCAUACAGUACCUGAGUAAGAUCAAACUUCUGCAGCUGGAAAAAGAUCGGGGUGAGUGGGAAGGUCUCGGCCCUGACGCUCGUAGAGAGAAAGAUUCCAGUCUGCAGAUGUUCGGACAGCUGGCUCGCUUUCAUAACAUCAUGUCAAAUGAGACCAUCGGCACUUUGGCGUUUCUCACCUCAGAGAUCAAAGGUAUCUUUGUCCACCCAUUCCUCGCUGAAAGGAUCAUCUCGAUGCUCAACUACUUUCUGCAACACCUGGUGGGGCCCAAGAUGGGCGCCUUGAAAGUCAAAGACUUCAGCGAGUUUGACUUCAAGCCUCAGCAACUGGUGUCGGACAUCUGCACUAUUUACCUCAACCUGGGGGAUGAGGAAAACUUCUGUGCCACAGUCCCAAAAGAUGGGAGGUCAUACUCCCCCACUCUAUUCUGCCAGACGGUUCGAGUCCUGAAGAAGAUCAACAAACCGGGGGACAUGAUUGUAGCUUUCAGCCUUCUGGCAGAUAAAAUAAAGUCUUUAGCAGACAGACAUCAGCAAGAAGAGGAGACCUACUCAGAUGCCCCGGAUGAAUUUUUGGAUCCCAUCAUGUCGACCUUGAUGCUCGAUCCUGUGCUGCUUCCUUCUUCUAAUGUCACGGUCGACCGCUCCACGAUUGCACGUCACCUGCUCAGUGACCAGACAGACCCGUUCAACCGCAGUCCGCUCACCAUGGACCAGAUCAGACCCAACGAGGAGCUAAAACAACAGAUAACGCAGUGGCUGGCCGAACACAAGCAAGGGGGAGCGCCGACGGGACAGAGCGGCUAGUCGACUCGAACUCUUUACUUCCCCCUCUCUUAUUCAUACACUUCUACAUCACACAGUAAUGGUGGAACUGACAGAGUGGAAUUCUUUGUGAAGGUCGGGUGUAAAUAUUGAAAUGGGACGCUUCCUCAUGCUAAAACAUCUGCUCUGAAGAAUGAUCACUUAUAAUAAAGUAGUCUCGCUGAACAGUCAGCUUUUAUACUGCUGCAUUUUACAAUUAAUCAUCAUUUUAUCUUUAUCUGCCUUGUAAAGUUUUGAGUUUUUUUUCCCAUUUAUUGUGUGUACAGACAAUUAAAAUAAGACAAAUAAGAAAGAAUAAAUUUAC